GAUUAUUUAUAUGCUUAUCUCUGCCCCCAUGUUUAUCCAAAGAUGAGGACAUGGGAUAAUGGGAUAGAUUGCUGCUCAUGGAUGGGCGUCACGUGCCACUCUCUGUCUGGUCACGUGAUUGGCCUCGAUCUCACUUGCAGUAGACUUGCAGGUAAUAUCCAUCCUAACAGCACUCUAUUUCAUCUUACUCAUCUCCAAACACUUACCCUUGCUUUCAAUGAUAUUCGUGGGUCUGAAUUGCCAUCUCAGAUUGGAAGGCUUGUGAGUCUCACACACUUGAAUUUAUCUCAUUGUCAAUUCAAAGGUGAAAUUCCUUCUCAAAUCUCACACCUUUCCGAAUUACAAUCACUUGAUCUUUCUUGGAAUGAUGAUUUAAUGUGGGAAGAAAAAAAUUGGAAGAGGUUGCUGCAAAACACAUCUUUGAGAGAGAUUGUAUUGGAUAAAACAGAUAUGUCCUCAAUUGGUUCAACACCAAAUCCUUUGUCUUUGAUUGCCAACUUUUGUACCACUUCUCUUAGUAUCUUGGAUCUUUCAGAAUGUGGUAUCCAAGGGCCUAUCUCUUCAUCAUUCUCUAAUCUAACAUAUCUCACUUCCUUGAAUUUGAUGAGAAAUCAACUCAACGGUUCAAUCCCCUCAUCACUUUUAAACCUUCACCAUCUCACUCACCUGGAUCUUUCAUGGAAUGAGAUUAGUGGACAAAUUCCAAAUGUGUUUGAUAGGCUAACCAACUUGCAAACUCUCUCUCUUAGUGGUAAUAAAUUCCAAGGAAAGUUGCCAUCUUCAUUGUUUACCUUAACUCAACUCUCUCAAUUGGAUUGUUCUUCUAAUCAAAUCGAGGGGCCACUACCCAACGAAGUAGCCUUUUCAAAUCUCACUGAAUUACUCCUAGAAGACAACUUAUUAAAUGGCACGAUUCCGUCAUCAAUUUUAUCCCUCAAGUAUCUGAGAACUUUGGAUCUAUCAAAAAAUCAGUUCACAGGGCACAUAAGUGGUGAGAUCACAUCUUAUUCCUUAGAAUAUCUGGACUUGUGCGACAAUAAGCUCCAAGGAAACUUUCCAGAAUCAAUUUUUCAUCUCGUAAACCUUACUUAUUUGUGCUUGUUCUCAGACAAUUGGAGCGGUACUGUCCAUUUCCCACUCUUCUCUAAGCUCCAAAAUUUGGAUUCUCUUUCUCUUUCAGGUUGUAGUUUAUUGUCGCUAGAAUCUGAAACAAGUGUUAAUUACACUUUUUCCAAUUUGGAAGAACUACAACUACUUUCUAACAAUAUCAUUGGUUAUUCAAAAUUCUCUGGAAAUUUUCCCAAAUUGGAAUAUCUUGAUUUGUCCAAUAAUAAACUUGCUGGAAAGGUGCCCGAAUGGAUACAUGAUGCACAUUCAUUAAUUUAUUUGAAACUUUCACACAACAUGUUCACAUCAAUAGGUCAUCAAUUCCGAUGGUAUCAAUUUGAAUACCUUGAUCUUAGCUUCAACUUGAUGGAUGAUGACAUUUCUUCCUUCUUUUGUAAUGCAUCCUCUUUGAAAGUUAUCAACUUGUCCCACAACAGAUUCACAGGAACAUUUUCACCGUGCUUCGCCAAUAGCUCAUCCCUUGUAGAUUUGGAUCUACAAAUGAACAAACUUCAUGGCACUUUAUCAGAUAAUUUUAAGCAUCUUCAACUUGAAACACUGAAUCUCAAUGGCAACCAGUUUGAAGGUUUAUUGCCAAAAUCUUUGUCCAGUUGCACAUAUCUUGUGGAUUUAGAUUUCGGUAAUAAUCAAUUUGAAGAUACAUUUCCUGAUUGGCUCCAAAAUCUAUCAAAGUUGGAAAUACUGGUCUUACGAGACAACAAGUUGUACGGUCCCAUUGCCAAUUUGAAAUCUGAAAAUAUAUUUCCAAGUUUGAUGAUUUUUGACAUAUCAUGCAAUAAUUUUAGUGGCUCAUUACCAAAAGAAUACAUACAAAAUUUUCAAGCCAUGAAGAUUGUUGGUGAUGAAGUGCAAAGCAGGUUGGUAGAUUAUAUUGACACUGGUGCUGGCAGUGGAGUGGAGAACAUUCUUCCAGAUUAUUAUAAUUCUAUAUUUGCAACAAUUAAAGGAGCCAAUACCCCUUUUGCGAAAAUUCCAACAGCCUUUGUAAAUAUAGAUUUGUCAAAAAACAAAUUUGAAGGAGAGAUUCCAAAUGUUAUUGGAGAGCUUCAAGCACUCAAAAACCUCAACCUCUCACAUAACAGACUUAUUGGUCAUAUUCCCAGCUCUUUGGGAAAUUUGACAAAUUUGGAAUCAUUAGAUCUCUCCUCAAAUAUGUUUAUUGGGGAUAUUCCUACUGAAUUGACAAAUCUGAACUUUCUUGAAGUCUUGAAUCUUUCCCAAAACCUGUUGGUGGGACCAAUACCCAGAGGAAAACAGUUUGAAACAUUUUCAAACGAUUCCUAUGAGGGAAACAUGGGGCUAUGUGGCUUUCCAUUGUCAAUUCAAUGCAACAACAAUGUCUCUUUGCAACAAGAUCCACCUUCUUCUGAGGCUGAAGACAAAUUUGGGUUUGGUUGGAAACCAGUGGCAAUAGGAUAUGCAUGUGGAAUGGUGCUUGGAACUGGCUUGAGAUUUUGUGUUUUCUCAAUUGGAAAGCCUCAAUGGCUUGUGAUCAUCUUUGGAGGCAAAAGAAUCAAAAGAAGGAGCCGUGAAAAUCGGCGUGCAAGAACAACUUAAUGGCCACAACUUCUUCUU